AUGAAUAAAAGACUUGGAGAGCUACGGUUUGAAGCAACAAGAAAAAUCGAGACAAAGGCAGAAAAAGUGUUAGAUGCUCCGGGUAUCGUAAAUGACUUCUAUUUGAAUGUGCUCGAUUGGAGCAGGAAAAAUGUUGUGGCGGUAGGACUAAGCGAAAAGGUAUAUUUAUGGAACAGUGAAACUCAAGAAGUGGAGCAAGUCGAAGGAAUUGGAUACGAUGACGUCAUCGUUACAUCAUUAUCAUGGGCAGAUAAAGGUCGUUUUCUAGCAAUUGGACUAGACAGUGGUCGAAUACAGUUAUAUGAUUAUGAUAUUAAAAAAAAAAUUCGGACAUUGUGUGCUCAUGCUAGCCGUGUGAUCUGUUUAGAUUGGCACCUACACCUACUAGCGAGCGGAUCGAAAGAUGGUGAGAUACAAGUGAAUGAUGUUCGAUUGAAAGAAUGUGUCAUUUACAAGUUAUACCACAAAAUGGCGAUAUGUAGUCUUCAUUGGUCACCUAAUGGUUCAGUUCUAGCGUCAGGUUCUAAUGACAAUACAGUGUGUUUAUGGAACCCAUCAGUGAGCAACAGACCUAUUCAUGUAUUGAAUGAACACACUGCAGCUGUAAAGGCAAUGGCUUGGUGUCCAUGGAAACCUCUUAUAUUAGCUACUGGAGGAGGAUCGAAUGACAAAACCAUUAAGCUGUGGGAUACAGCAUUAGGACAAUGUAUCAAAGCUAAAUGUGCUGAAUCAACAGUCACUGGUAUUACAUGGUCAGUUACACAUCAAGAAUUAAUUACAUCACAUGGUUUUCCAAAGAACCAAGUGACUGUUUGGAAGGUCGAAUCAGAGAUUACUAAAUUGGCCGAACUAAGCGGUCAUAAAGAUCGGAUUUUACAUAUUUCCUUAAACCCCAAUGAAUGUCAACUAAUAACAGGAAGUGCCGAUGAAUCGCUAAUGAUUUGGAAUAUUUGA